UUUCCCAUCGAUAUGACUUCCUGACUAACCGACAAUAAGUUCGCCGCAGUUAUGGCUCCUGGAAUCACUACCGUGUUGGACGUCCGCACACCUGCUGCGAGACGGCAGCUCGCUAAGACGACUGUGGAUUUAUUCCGCAAUCUUCUCUUCCUCCUGUUCAUAGUCCGCUACUCCCGAGUCGCUCUGACUCAUCUCUACGGCUAUGGACCCAUCGCCAGUGCAAAGAUGGGCUACGCCGCCCUCCGCAAGUCACUCUAUCGCAUAUUCCUGAGUCUCCCAGGCGUGCGAGGCAAAGUCCAAGCCGAGAUCAAACAAACACUGGAAGAGCUGGAGAAGAAACUCGUGCCCUCUGGCCCCGGUAUCACGAGAUACACUGCUCUACCUGCCUCAGGAUGGGGUCCUGAACAAGUCCGCGCCGAGCUGGAGAAGUUGCAUGAGAUGAAGCACACACGCUGGGAAGACGGUAGAGUCUCUGGUGCCGUAUACCACGGCGGCAAAGAGUUGCAAGACCUCCAAAUGGAGGCCUUUGGUCGUUUCGGUGUCGCAAACCCCAUCCACCCGGAUGUCUUCCCUGGUGUCCGAAAGAUGGAGGCGGAAGUUGUGGCAAUGGUCUUGGGCAUGUUCAAUGCCCCCGCCGAUGCAGCAGGAGUAUCGACCUCUGGUGGUUCUGAAUCCAUCAUCAUGGCUGUCCUCAGCGCAAGAGAAAAGGCCCGCAUCGAACGCCGUGUUACGAAGCCUGAGAUCAUCCUACCGGAAACAGCACAUACCGCCUUCCGCAAGGCAGCCGCUUACUUCAAGAUCACCGUACACUAUGUGCCUUGCCCAGGUCCCACCUACAAGGCUUCUUUGUCACAUGUCUCGCGUCUCAUCAACAGCAAUACCAUCCUCCUCGUUGGUAGCGCUCCCAACUUCCCCCAUGGCAUCAUCGACGAUAUUCCCGGUCUCUCCCGUCUUGCACUCCGUCGCAACAUCCCCCUCCAUGUGGACUGCUGUCUCGGCUCUUUCCUGGUUCCCUUCCUCGAGCGCGCAGGCUACGACACCGAACCCUUUGACUUCCGUGUGAAGGGUGUCACCUCCAUCUCUUGCGAUACACACAAGUACGGCUUCGCUCCCAAAGGCAACUCCACCCUUUUGUACCGUUCUGCCGCCUUACGCAAAUACCAAUACUUCAUUUCUCCGGACUGGAGUGGAGGCGUUUAUGCUUCUCCCGGUAUCGCUGGCAGCAGACCUGGUGCAUUGAUCGCGGGCUGUUGGGCCAGCAUGAUGAGCGUAGGAGAAGCCGGAUACAUCACUUCUUGCCACCAAAUCGUCGGCGCAGCCAAGAAAAUGGCAGAAGGUCUCCGCUCCCGCGAUACCCUACGAAACGACUUGCGCAUUUUGGGUAAACCUCUUGUAUCGGUCGUCGCGUUUACCUCGGACACAUUGGAUAUCUACAACAUCGCCGACGCCAUGAGUGGCAAAGGAUGGCAUUUGAACGCGCUGCAAUCACCUGCUGCCAUUCAUGUUGCCGUCACCCUCCCUAUCGUCCCUGUUGUUGAUGAAUUACUCAACGACUUGGAAGCCUGUGUCGAAGAGGAAAGAGAAAAACAACGACAAGCUGUUGUCGAAGGAAAACCUAAAGCGAAAAAGGGCGAUGCGGCUGCUUUAUACGGCGUCGCUGGAGCCCUUCCUGAUAAAACCAUCGUUGAAGAUUUGGCCGCUGGGUUCUUGGAUUGUUUGUACAAAGCAUGAGUGUUUUUUUUUUUUCCUUCUUCUUUCUGGCAAAGAUGUCUUUCAUUGCUCUGUGUUUUACAAUCCUUUUACUUUGCAUUCAUUGAUGACAUUUGGGGGUUGGGUAUAAAGUCCACAUCUUUCUGUGUGUUACUCUUCUUCUUUUGCAAAACGAGUUCUACAAUGAUUGACAAUUCUGACCUGUCGCUGCCACAUCAUUGCAUGUGUGAUUUUGUGCUCCCAUUUAUCGCCGCGAUACGUCGAUACGCG